AUGGAGAAAUAGUUACAAGAGAAAUAAAAACUAUAAUGGUAUAUUUAAGUUUUGCAACUGAUGAAUAAUUACUCAAAAAAUUAGUUUAUACACAGCAAUCAAAUAAAAAUGAUAGGAAAAUUGUUUUUGAUGUAUUUUUAGGUCUUAUGUCUGUACAAUUUUGAGAUAUUAAGUUCUGAUAAAAUUUAAAGGAAGUACUCUAUCUACUUUAACCAAAUGAUUAAGUUAUUUUGA